AGAAAAGAAAUGGUUACAUCAAAUGUGGACUUAAGACUAAAUACCCACUUGUACAAUCAAUGCCGUGAAUGGCAAGAACAAGAAUUCAAAGAAGAGAAAAGUGAGCACUAGAAAAGAACCAACAACCAUGGUGGAAAAUUUGGAUCAGAUUUCCCACUAAUUUAGAACUUCUUCUCUUUGAGAAAAGUAUGGCUGAAUUCCUUUGGACAUUUGCUGUGGAAGAGACGUUGAAGAGAACGGUGAACGUUGCAGCUCAGAAAAUUUCUCUCGUUUGGGGUUUGGAAGAUGAACUUUCAAAUUUAAGCAAAUGGCUACUCGAUGCUGGAGCCCUUUUGCGCGAUAUCGAUAGGGAAAUACUUCGCAAGGAAUCGGUGAAGAGAUGGGCAGAUGGGCUUGAAGAUAUCGUUAGUGAAGCUGAGGAUCUUUUGGACGAGCUUGCUUAUGAAGAUCUUCGAAGAAAAGUGGAAACAAGUUCAAGGGUGUGUAAUAAUUUCAAAUUUUCUUCUGUUCUUAACCCUCUUGUUCGUCAUGAUAUGGCCUGUAAAAUGAAGAAAAUUACUAAAAUGUUAAAACAACAUUAUCGCAACUCUGCUCCUUUAGGGCUUGUUGGGAAGGAAUCCAUGGAGAAAGAAGAUGGAGGUAAUAAUCUUAGGCAGAUUAGGGAAACAACUUCGAUUCUGAAUUUUGAUGUUGUGGGAAGGGAAACUGAAGUUUUAGACAUAUUGAGAUUGGUGAUUGAUUCUAGUAGUAAUGAGUAUGAGCUUCCUUUGUUGAUUGUACCGAUUGUAGGGAUGGGUGGAGUUGGAAAAACAACUUUGGCGAAAUUGGUUUUUCGUCAUGAGUUGAUCAAGAAACAUUUUCAUGAAACAAUAUGGAUAUGUGUGUCGGAACACUUCAACAUCGACGAGAUUUUGGUAGCAAUUUUGGAAAGUUUGACGGAUAAAGUUCCAACCAAAAGGGAAGCUGUACUUCGCAGGCUUCAAAAAGAGUUGCUAGACAAAAGAUGUUUCCUUGUUUUGGAUGAUGUUUGGAAUGAAAGUUCUAAGUUGUGGGAAGAGUUAGAAGACUGUUUAAAAGAGAUAGUUGGGAAAUUUGGAAUCACCAUUAUAGUAACUACAAGGUUGGAUGAAGUUGCUAAUAUUAUGGGAACAGUUUCGGGUUAUCGUUUGGAAAAGUUACCUGAAGACCAUUGUUGGUCCUUAUUUAAGAGAAGUGCAAAUGCAAAUGGAGUAAAAAUGACUCCAAAGUUGGAGGCUAUUCGAAUAAAGUUGCUUCAAAAAAUUGAUGGCAUACCGCUUGUUGCAAAAGUUUUGGGAGGAGCCGUGGAAUUUGAAGGAGAUCUUGAUAGGUGGGAGACCACACUUGAAAGCAUAGUAAGAGAAAUUCCAAUGAAACAAAAAAGUUAUGUGUUGUCCAUAUUACAAUUAAGUGUGGACCGUCUACCCUUUGUGGAAAAACAAUGUUUUGCCUAUUGUUCAAUUUUUCCUAAAGAUUGUGAAGUUGUUAAAGAAAAUUUGAUUAGAAUGUGGAUAGCACAAGGGUUUAUUCAACCAACAGAAGGAGAGAACACGAUGGAGGAUCUGGGAGAAGGGCACUUCAACUUCCUCUUAUCUCGCUCCUUAUUUCAAGAUGUCGUCAAGGAUAAGUAUGGGAGAAUUACUCACUUUAAGAUGCAUGAUCUAAUACAUGAUGUUGCCCUUGCCAUUUUGUCAACUCGUCAAAAGUCGGUAUUAGAUCCUACUCAUUGGAAUGGAAAAACGUCAAGAAAGUUGCGCACCUUACUUUACAAUAACCAAGAGAUCCACCAUAAAGUUGCAGACUGUGUUUUCUUGCGUGUUUUAGAAGUGAAUUCCUUACAUAUGAUGAAUAACUUACCAGACUUCAUUGCUAAGUUGAAACACUUGAGAUACCUUGACAUUUCAUCAUGUUCUAUGUGGGUUAUGCCCCACUCUGUUACUACGCUUUUCAAUUUACAGACACUGAAGCUUGGAAGUAUAGAAAAUCUUCCAAUGAAUUUGAGAAAUUUGGUUAGACUACGUCACUUAGAAUUCCACGUCUAUUACAACACAAGGAAAAUGCCUUCUCAUAUGGGUGAGUUGAUUCAUCUUCAAAUAUUGUCUUGGUUUGUUGCAGGGUUUGAGGAAGGCUGUAAAAUUGAAGAACUCGGAAAUUUGAAAAAUUUGAAAGGUCAAUUGCAACUUUCAAAUCUUGAGCAAGUGAGGAGUAAAGAAGAAGCUCUAGCUGCAAAAUUGGUCAAUAAGAAAAACUUACGUGAGCUAACUUUUGAAUGGAGUAUAGAUAUUUUACGAGAAUGUAGCAGCUACAAUGACUUUGAAGUGUUGGAAGGACUUCAACCACCCAAAAAUCUCAGUUCUUUGAAAAUUACCAACUUUGGAGGGAAAUUUUUGCCUGCUGCUACUUUUGUUGAAAAUUUGGUGUUCCUAUGUUUGUAUGGUUGUACAAAAUGUGAAAGGCUUCCAAUGCUUGGACAAUUAGCCAACUUGCAAGAACUUAGUAUUUGUUUCAUGGAUAGUGUGAGAAGUAUAGGGAGUGAGUUUUAUGGCAUUGACUCCAACCGAAGGGGUUAUUUUCCCAAGUUGAAGAAAUUUGACUUCUGUUGGAUGUGCAACCUAGAGCAAUGGGAAUUAGAAGUGGCAAAUCAUGAGUCAAAUCAUUUUGGUUCUCUUCAAACUCUAAAGUUGGAUAGAUGUGGCAAAUUGACAAAACUGCCAAAUGGGUUAGAAUGUUGCAAAUCUGUUCAUGAGGUGAUAAUAUCAAAUUGUCCUAACCUUACCUUAAAUGUAGAGGAAAUGCAUAACCUGUCUGUUUUAUUAAUAGAUGGGUUGAAGUUUUUGCCAAAAGGAUUAGCUCUCCACCCUAACUUGAAGACCAUAAUGAUUAAAGGAUGCAUAGAGGAUUAUGAUUAUAGCCCUUUCCUAAACUUGCCUUCUCUUACAAAACUUUACUUGAACGAUGGCCUUGGAAAUGCCACCCAGCUUCCUAAACAACUUCAGCAUCUCACUGCCUUAAAGAUUUUAGCCAUUGAAAAUUUUUAUGGCAUUGAAGUUCUUCCUGAAUGGUUGAGAAAGCUUACAUGUUUGGAGACUUUGGAUCUUGUUCGUUGCAAAAACUUGAAACGGUUGCCUUCAAGAGGAGCCAUGCGAUGCCUCACCAAAUUAAAGGAUUUCAAAGUUAUAGCAUGUCCAUUGUUGCUACUUGGGGGCCAAGCUGACCAAGAAGGUGCCAAGUAUCUUCAUAUUCCAGCCUAUCUUUGUCAUGUGUAUCAAUCUAGAGGAAGCCCUCUUUCCAAAACAUCUUCCAUCUAAAGCUUGUAUUAUCAUAUCCAAUGCAUCCUUUGCCUUACCAUUAUGGACUUUCCUACAAACGGCCUUUUCUGGUUGGUGUCUUGCAAGACCUGGUGAAAUCUUUACCAUCUCUUCAAGGAGAAGACAAUCGUGUGGUGGAAAUUGCGUAUGAAACGGGUGAGAUGGAAACAUACGAAUGUGACAACAAAAGAUCAUGGUUUCGGUGGGGUUUAACUAAUGGCUACACCAAUCUGUUAUUGUUGAAGACUACAUGUAAAACAAGAUGGGAAUGUGUUACCAAUAGUUAAAUUUUUACGGUUGUACCUUAGUAGAGCUUGUUUAAGCUUGUUGAUAGUUUGUUAGAAAUAAUUUUGUUUAUAAAUACUUUGCAAUCGUUCACUAAUUUUAAAUGUCAAGUAUUUGCAAUCGUUCACUAAUUUUAAAUGUCAAGUAUUCAAAAAUUCUUUUGCAAUGUACUAUUUAUAUUCACCCUACAACGGAAGACUAUGGUCUCUAAACAA